CUUGCUUUCUCUUUCCUUUUGACUAAGCGCAGCCACGUUUCUUUUCAUUUGAACUACUUUGUCUGAAUAAACAGGUCAUGUGUUUUAGCAUCCAUAAUUUAUUUAUUUUUACACACCAGAUAUCCAAUUAUCGCGGGCGUUUGACGCAGGAAUAGAAAGCCAACCUUAUUAAUUCUAACAGAUACUAUUGACAGAAUGGGAUGCUGUUUUGUGCUCACUCUGUUUGUUUCGCUCCUUCACGGUGUUUUUGGUGAUGACUUGGUGACAGAGAUGAAGGGAGAUACAGUCACUCUAAACACUGAUACAAUCAAAAAAGAGCAUGACAAGUUGCUGUGGUAUUUUGAAGACACUCGCAUCGCUCUGAUCAACGGACAUCCCAGUGCAAGCUGUUUAUAUGAUGGUGUUGGAGGGAGAUUCAGAGACAGACUGAAGGUGGACUAUGAGACUGGAUCUCUGACCAUCACAGAAACCAGACCUGAACACGCUGGACGUUAUGAAGCAGAGAUCAUCAGAAGAGACGGUUCAGGCAAAAGACAAAGUUUAAACAGAAACCGCAAGUGUGACAGCACCAAAAUCACCAAAAAAAUCAGCAUCAGUCAUGAUGAUACUAUAAAAACUUUCAAUGUGAUCGUCACUGCUUUUCUAGAUUCAGGUCUGUCUUCAGCUGCUGUAGCAGGAAUAUGUGCUGGUGUUCUGCUGCUGCUGGCUGUUGUAGCUGCUGCUGCUGUGAUCUUCAGAAAUGCAAUAAGGAAGAAUAAAAACAAUGGACUAUUGCGCAAAGAUGAGAAGGAGAAAGAUGAUCCCAAAAGUGUCAUUAUAAAAUGAGGAAAACUUGCUGAGGAAGCAAUCUUCUCUGUAAAACAUAUAUACAACACUUUAAAGGGGGCAUAACACACACAUUUUCACCCAAUCUCGUGUUAAUCUUGAGUACCUACAGAGUAGUACUGCAUCCUUAAUAUCUCCAAAAAGUGUUUAGUUUGAUCAUAUUUAUAAAACAAAGAUACAGCCUUACGAUUCUUUCCGGAAAAAGCCGAGCUCCUGGAGGCGUGCCGUGGGCGGAGCUAAAGAGUGACGAGCACUUGGGCGCUGAAUCUGUACAAUGACGUAACUCGCUGAUUAUCCACCAUAGUGCGAUGCAAUGUUGUUGAAACGAACUCAGUUAGCUGGAUUUAUUGUUGAGGAUUUGGCAUGACUUUGGAUUGUUUGGUUCUUCGAAGCUCAUCCCAGAAUUGAUUGCAUCUUUUUAACCAGAAUUGAUACUUAAAAUCUGUCAGCUACCGCUGCUACUUUAUUACUAGAGUUUAUUUCCUACUGAUCCAAUAAUUUAAAAUAGUAAUAAUUUUAUUACAUUAAUUUAAAGAUGGUAUAAUAAUGUUGAGUAGUCUUUAAUACUAUAGACACAGAAAAUAGACACACAAAUAAUCGAGUGACCAUGAAAUGAAAUGAGUGCAGCUACUCAUGUAAACUGUGUGACACUCACUGUACACUGAUCUAGAGUAUAUAUGUACAUUUAAUCAUUUAGCAAAUGGUUUUAUCCAAGUCGUGAUGAUGAGCAUUGCAAGCACUUUAUUACAGGAAUUAUUAAAAUAAGAUGAAUAAGGACAGAUCCUUGAUCCACCGCAGUUCAACGGAGAGGGUUAAGGUUCUGGAAAGUGACUUAGACAUUUGUUGAUUCUUUGUGCAAUACAAAAUACAUUACUAAAUAUUUUUAAGACACAGCUAUUUUAAGUUUAUGCACAGGACAAUUUAACUUUAAAUACUAGUCAAAAAUUAGGAAAUUGUCUUUGUCAAAAUGUAUUAUAUUAACAUUAUAUGUAACACAUUGUGCAAACUCUUACUGUCAUUGUAGAACUGUUACUUUUAUUAUACCUCAGAGGCUGAAUUGAUCUUUUAAGCUUCAUCCAAAAACUGUAAUGUGUUUAUAAUAUUACUAUGUAUUCUGGAAGUCUGAUUCAUUUUCUCUAUUAAAAAACUGGUGAAUGAUUCUGUGUAAAC